ACCGUGGCCACUGGACGGGGGAAGGGAAGCUGAGAUUGGAGGGAGAAACAGUCAGAAACUGAGAUAUUGUGUACAUAUGAACAGCCCCUUCCCAAGACCCUGGCUGUACAAGAACUUCAUCUAUGACCCACAUCUCAUUGCACACCUCCACUUUUCACUCUACACAUGUACAUCUGUUUCACGUGAGGCUGAAGACAUAACAAAGCUGUGGUGCGUGUAAAUUCAACAACAACUGUACUGGGUUUGUUUUGAGUGCCAAAGUGAUGAUUUGUCUCGUACAAGGAGAGCCCAGCCCUGAAAAGCAAUGUCCUUAUCCAGCUUCUGUGCUUUUUUGACGGGGCUGAGGGGUGAAAUCAACAGCCAAGCAGAUCCGUGGAGAAGAGGAGGGAGGCAGGUUUCCAAGGAACCUGUGUGUUGAUGGAUAGUAGUUUCCUCCUGUCAGCUCUUGUAGACUGAUACCUGCAUAUUCCCGUCAUUGUACACGCUUUGCUUGACUUUUAAGAAGCUAUACAACUGGGCUGCCGACAAAGUCACAGAAUCAUCGCUAUUACACAAAAAGAGGAAUAUGGUCUGUACAGCUAGAUCGAAUGACAGUUUAGUGAAAUCCUGCUGGUGACUGUGGAAACUGAUUUCUCUGUUUAUAUGAAGAGAAAAGAAGGGAGGCAAAGAAACUUGCAGUCACUACAAAUGUGCACUACAGACAUCAUGAUGACCCUUGCAUCAGCUCCUCAGCCCGUCUCAGUGGGUGACUACAGAAGCCUUUAGAGGCCAGGAUAAGGAACACCCUUCGCCAGCCAACACUCAUAUGCAAUGGAGGAAGACAUUGAUGUCCCAGCUCACACUGAGGGCCUGAACGGUUUGUCUCAUGAAUGUAAACCAUUAGAGGAAAUCACCAAUGGACACUCCAACCAUAAGCCUCUCAUGAACGGACUGAUACCCAGUCAUAAUGUCAAGGAUCACACCAACGGCAGCGCACCACUCAGAUCCCUGCCGAUUUCAGCACUGAAGCAGAACGGUCUCCUGCAGACCCUGGCAGCUGGAGGUGACCAGCCUAAGCCUGAAGAGGAAGACGAGGAUUUGGAAAAGGCCAGACAGGAGUGGGAGGCUCUGGAGAAUGUUCAACCAGCUCUCACUGAGGAUUCAAACCCAACACAGCUCAUCUCCUUCAAUGAAGCCCUGCAGUACUUUCAGACCACAGACCUCGGGGACUUGCUGAAGAACAUCCAGCCAACCAUACGCAGGACAGGUCUCGCUGCCAUCACACACUUCCUGUUUGGACCUCCACGACUGCACAGGGAGCUCCUGGAGGAGAGGGAUCUGGUCUUUGCUAUCGCACAGUGCCAUGUGGACAACAGUCAGUCAAUCCACAUGCGUGUCCUCCAGACCAUUUACAAGAGGCUGAUUGGCAGCAGGCUGGAUUGUCCUCGCUUCGGGACACACUGGGAAAACAUCGGCUUUCAGGGUACAGAUCCAGCCACUGACCUACGUGGCACUGGUUUCCUGGGACUGAUGCACACUCUUUACUUUGUCAUGGACCCAGAGACUUUGCCGCUGGCCAGAGACAUCUACAAGUUAUCACAACACCCAACGCAGAACUUUCCUUUCAGUGUGAUGUCAAUCAACAUGACCCGCAUCGCUCUGCAAGUACUCAGAGAGGAAGCCUUGUCCAAGGAGUGCAAUCGUCGUCAGCAAGUGGUUGGUGUGCUGAAUGAGUUCUAUGUUGCCACGUAUCUGCACCUGUACCAACUGUGGAAGACCCAACAGAAGACCAUUGUUGACUCUGGCUUUGUACUAAAAGAGGUGGAGCUGUUUGCCAAAAAGAACCCCAAACAGAUGCUGCGCCGACUAGAGGUCUUCCUGAAAGAGAGGCGGGCAGGUGGAAUCCCCCGUGGGACGUCUCCAGAUCCUCAGGCCCAGCAGUCGUCUCCCAGCCUGGGGGAACGAGGGGCAAGAGCUGGGACGGGAAGCAAGGGGAAGGAGAUGCACUUCACAGGAGUGUGUGAUCUACCGCCAGACAUGGAGGGAGAGGCCAGACUCAUCUAAGCUAGACUCUGUAUGAGUGCGUGUGUAUGUAUGAGUGUCUGUGUGCUAGAAAUCCUGUUUUUGAGUAUACGUAUUACAGUAUGAGUGCGUGGCUUACUCUCAGAGACAUAAAACCCCAACAGACCCUGAUCCAGGAUCUGCUAUCUGAACCUGUUUGAACACUUCCACUCCUUCCACUGAUGCUGGAGUGCUGCACUUUGAUCAGAUUAAGCUAAGGGGUAUCUCAGAGUUCUAUUUGUUUUGUGUUUCUUUUUUUUAAUUUUAAUUCAAUGAUUUUUUUUAAACAAAGACCAUUCAGAUAUAAAGAUGUAGUGCAGGUCAGAAACACAAGAUGUCACAAAAACAGCAAGAAAGUGAAUGUUUGCACUUUUCUCUGGAUUUAGUAGCCAAAUCAAUAGCUGCCAAAUUCUUGUGGUCAAACUCUACCUGCCUAGAAGUCCAAAACACACAUGCUUGUGUCCCUAUGAUCUCUUUGUGAGUGUGUUAGCGUUGUAGUGGUGGGAACGCGGCAUGGUGAAGCUUCUCAAUUUGCUCAAUGUUUUGUCUCUUUCUCAUGAUACAGCUAAUUUACAUGUGAGUGCUAACGGCUCAUAAUGCAAGCUAAGGGCUGCCUUGUCAGACUUAUUGUUAAACGCUGUGUUGACUUUGUGUUGAUGUGAGAAAUUAAGCUGGUUUAAGCUACACAGGAGCAUAUUUGCUAUUAGCAUGAGUGAUGGAUAGAUAACCCGCUGAAUAUUUUGAGCAGGGAGCAGAAACUGCUCCUUGAGGUAGAUCUUAAAGUCCUUACACAGAAGACUUUGAAUACAGCUUUCUUUAAAGGUCUGAUCUCUUUGCAUUCUCUUUUAGAGGCUGAAUGAUUUAUAUUAUUGUGAAAGUUGAAAGGACACUCAGUUCAGAUGCAUGGAAAUGUAGCCAAGUGUUGGUGUACUCAUGGUGUCAGAUAGAUUAGGUUCAGAGCUCCUACGUGGGGGAUUAUAUUUUGAAUAAUUUAAAAAUAACUAUUUUAGUCUAUUCUGAAGCAGAGAUAACUCAACAGUUAUGUGUCAAAGCACUUCAGAUGAUAGUUGUAAAGCUGAUUGGUGGGUGCCUGUGAGGUGGAUUGUUACAAAAUAACUUCUGAAAAUCGUCUGACUUCGUAAUUUUUGUGUUAAGAGACGAGCGGAUGCUUUUGAACAGAGCGUGCGUCUGUUUGAUCCCGGCUAAAGUUGAAGGUCUGGUAUGAGCUUUCUCUACAUUCCGUUAUAAAGCAUGUGAUUGUACGUUUUUUUGACCAGUUCAGAUUUAUUCCAGUGUGUGUGUGAGUGUGUGUGAAAUUAAAUGAAUGAGUUGAAAUUGAUGAAGGGUGCCUCUCCUCGGAGAUGUAUGGUACAGUAUGCAAUCCCAGCUCCUACUCAAUGAUAAUCAAAACAAUAGUGCUGUGUGACGAUAGAAAUCGUUCCUAACUUCAGGGUUUGUGCGCUUGUGUAAAUGAAUGUGUUUGGGUGUGAGUGUGAGUGCGUGUUUGUGUGUGUGUGUGUGUGUGUGUUGUAUGACAGGAACUGACUACAGAUGGGGUGCUUUCCUCUGCACACAAUAAGCCAGCUUUACUAAGUACUUGAUCCAUCAAGCUGCACAGGCGGUACUUCAGUCAUUUAAAAAUGGUACAUAACAUUUCUAAAGAUUUCUUGUGAAGGAACACACUCUUUGGUUUGCUUUAAAAAAAACACACACAGCUGGUUUCAGAAUGGGUAGAGCUCCUCAGCAAAGCUGGUUCCUGCACUGUGCUAAUGUGAAACCGUCUCCCAUCGUCGUAGUCUCAAUCUGUAGCAUGUUCAGGUAGCACUAGUACUGUAGCAUCUUAUAGCCUCCUCCUCUUCGUAAAGCUUGUUGAUGUCAUGUCUCAGUUACAGUCCGUAGUGUUGACGAGUGCGCAAACUGUUACUACUAUAGCACAUUUAUUUCCUAUUUGCAUUAAGUCUCCUUCCGUAGACACAGUAAGGUGGCGCAGCGUUUGUUUGGAGAGAUGUGGGAUGAGCUUGAUGUCUUUUUGAAUUCAGUUUGUAUUCUGAGAAGGUAUUGGUCAAAACGGUGCCUACAUCCAGUGGAGCCAUGUUAAAAGAGAGUGCUAGUUGGUCCAAGCUUCUUUUUUAUUUUUGUCAUUUCAGGCACCGUGCCACGAUCAACUUCCUCCAUUCAUGUAAACAGAAUAGAUGUGACCCCUGAAAACAUGCUCUCAUGGAUAUACACAUACAAAUCCCCAGGCAUGUACAUUUUCUAUGUCAGCAUCUAGUUGUACUCUGCCAUUUCCUUCUCCAACAUUACUUCAGUGAGCUGAUGUAGUUUAGCUGAUUGUUUGCAAGUGUUUUGACUAAACAGAAAAAUUUGCACUGUUGUAGAUAUUUGAUAGUAUGUGUGACGUAUGCAAGAGGAAACAGGCCAUCUUCAAUAGCCAUAACGUUCAUUAACCCUGCCUCAUUAAGCUCGCUUCAUUAAGUCCCCUCCUUGCUCUGAAAAGAUAAAUUGCACCAUGGAUAUGAUCUUACAUUUAGUUUUCUGAAAUUUUAAACUGAGGAGCAGUACAGUGUAUGUAAAUCAGGAAGUUUGUAUAUAGAGAAUUAAUGAUUGUAACUGUAUGAUUGUCUGUAGGGCAUUAUACUGAAACACAUUGCUUACCUCAAAACUUGAGACAAAUCUCUUCUUUCUCUCUCCUCUCAGUCAGACUCUUUCUAUGUUUCCUUCUACCUAGGCCUUCUCUCAUACUAAUUGGACAUGUUAUGUAAUGUAUAUUCAACACCCAAAGCACUAUGUAAUGGCAAACUAACACAAAAGCUGGUCAAUGUUAAAUGUACUCUAUUUAAAGACACAUUUAUAGAUACUAUAUAUGCCCACAUGCGCUCUGAUGCACAUCUGCAGAUUAAAAACGUCCUUUUUCAAAUGAUCUUUAAUUGGCUGAUGUUUGGAUAAGCUGGUUUUCAUGUGGCUUCAGUGAUAGUACAGUAUACUUUUGCUGUGUUUAAGUGUUUGAUGUCCAGGAAAACCCUGAGAAACAAUCCAAUCUUUACAGCUACAGUCACAAACAAACAGUUUCAUAUAUGAUUGUAAAGAAAUAGGCUUGAUUAGCAGUCAUAAUGCGGUGUAUGCUUUGACCUUAGUAUAUAAUCAUUAUCCAAAUUGAUUUGUUCCUCUCAUAUUACCAAAAGUUAUAUUUCCUGCGGAUCUUAUAGAUCUCUUUCUUAUGCGCUGAUCAUCAUUUAGAAUCUCCUCAGUUAUAAAACCAGAACCAAGAGAAAAAAAUAACACGAAGACGGGUUCUUGCAGGAUGUCGGAUGCUCUGAGAGGUGUGGUGUGAAGUUCAGCAGCUCUGCAAAUACAAUCACUUCUCUCAAGAUCCUGCGCUUUAUAUAAAGGUGUUUUACUGUCGCCGUUGCAUCAUGUCCCUCAGAGCAUUUUAUGACUGUACCUUGAUUGUAGAAGCCCUAUUUUAUACUGAGAGUAAUUUCAGAAUACAGUAUGUGCUGUUGUACAUUAAAUGUAUUGUAUGGAGAAAGCUAAAUAAAUACUGUUUAAAAGCUAA